UUUGAAACUUGUUUUUGCUUAUAAAAAUAUGGCUUUAAGUGUCCUCUAUACGAUGGUGAAAACCGCAGGCCGCUAAGACCUUUCGUUAAAAAGUUAUUUGAAAAACGGCAACCGGCACGACUUUUCCGUUUCGAUAGCAGUUAGAUAUAAUUCAAUUAAUUUGUCAAAUUCAUAAAACCACCCUGAGGGCGUGGGCAAGGAUCUUAUUGAGAACGUGUCAUUUGAAAAUAUCGAUGAAUUAAAAAAUUUAAUUCAUCAAUGUAGUACAAAUAUUGGUUUAGCCUACACCCUUUAUUUAUGAUUUAUACACUAUUAUAAACGUUUUUAUACACAAACAAAUAUGUCGAUUAAUAUUGGUUUCAUACAAAGGAUUCAAAAUGAACUUCAACAAUAAAUAAUUCAAAAUUUUACACAAAUUGGUUAUCAAUUUAUUUUAUUGUUAUCAAACAAUUUUAAUAUAUAUAUUAUUAUUUUGAAGAUUGUGGAAUGCCAAAUGAUCGUUCAAAAUGUCCCUUUGUAAUAGUGAUAUUGGUUCAUUACAACGUGGCUCAUAUAUCUUACUUCAAUGUAAUGUUUAUUACGUAUGUUCACACACACAAUUAUGAUGAUGUUAUAUUAAUUAAAAUAUUUAAUACAAAAUUCUCAAAACCACUUUUCUAUCGAUUAUUUCAGAGAACAUUAUGAAAAAGAUUAUGAAUUAAUUGGAAACAUAAUUGGUAAACAAGAAGAUUGUCAAAUUUAGUUAUAUAAACUGUUCAAUCAUAGUCAUCGUUCAUAAAUGAUAUUCUGAUUUAAGAAAGAGUGAAGAAUAGUAUAAUAUAGAGGAAUAAGUAGUAUUGAAAGAUGGUCAAAUCAGAAAGACACCCAUAACUAAUAGUAUAAUUUUAUAAAUCAAAACAUUCAACUAAAUGGUAUAUUAGAUACAAAUAUGAAAGUUAUUCAGUUUGAAAAAACAUAUUGAACAACUAAUUGUAUUUCUACAUGUAAAAUCAAUACCAAAUGAAAUUAAACAAUAUCGCUUAACAUAUACAGAAUUUAUACGUGAAAGAAAUGCUGAACCAUCAUUUAAUGAUUAUAUUAAUGAAUUAGUUGAAAAUGAACAAAAAUAUCCAUUAUUAAACUUUUUUACUCUAACAAGAAAUCAAAUUGAAAAUAUUCAAUUAAUAUAUCCAAUUGUUAAUUUUACAAAUUAUUUAUUACAAAAAUAUAAUCAUCGUAUAUUACGUAAUGAAGCAGCAACAAACGAUAUUCAAUAUUAUUUAACAUCGAAUGAUGAACAUAAUAGUAGUAUAGCUAUACUUGGAUAUUUACAAACAUUAGCUAAACUUCAAAAUACAAUUGUUAAUUAUUAUCGACAAAUAGAUCAACCAGUAAAUGAAUUAAUUGAAGAUGAAAAAACACGUUUACAACUUAUACAAUCAUUAACAUCAGAACAUUUAUUAGAAUUAAAUUCAGAGACAAUGUUUGACAUAUUAAGUAAUGAUGGUUUUGUUAUGAAUUAUGAAUACGAUAAAACAAAAGAAAUAUUAUAUGGUUAUGAUGAAAUUGAAAUUAAAUUAAGAAAUAUGAUUAGUAAAAUACGUCUGAUUGGUACAGAUAAACUUUAUUUUUUUAAUUAUCAGUUUGAAUUAUAUAAUCAAGAUGUGUUAUUAUUUAAUGAUAUACGUUGGGUGGGGGUGCUACUUUACUUUUACUAA